ACAUUCAAGCACUACACCCAACGUAAGGUAGGGAAGGGUCUUAGGAAAGCCGGUACCCUUUUGGAACUGGACUUUUAGGGUCUGUGUGGCCCCUUUCGAUUGUUUAUACAGUGCAGGUGCGAUAUAUCACAGAUCAAUAUACGGUGUCUGUGUGACAUGGCGAUUCUCUACAUCGCCACCAUAUUUGGUGUGUUGACACUGGCAGCGGGUCAGCAGCCGACACCGAUACGCACCGAAACAUGUUCAGGAAGUGGUCAGAGUGCGACAAUCCAGCCAAAUGCCGAAGCCUUCAUCGGGGGUCUCGUUAGCAUGAACUAUGUCAGGGAUAGUGGAUAUGGCUGCGGGAAGUAUAUCACCUCUGGAAAUGCAGUCUUAUGAAGCCAUACGUUGGGCGCUGGAUCGUCUCAACAAGAAAAAUGAAGAAUUAAACGGAGAAUAUCUUAACAACAGUUACAUCCCUGGCGUGGAGCUGGGCAUGAUGGUAAAAAAUUACUGUGACAUGGGGUCCACCGCUGUCAGCUACGCCCAGGAUCUGUACCCACAAUUCCUGUCCGAGUCGCGCGACUGUACCAAGAGUUCUAACCGCCUGAUGCUGGGUUUGACUGGGGCUAGUUCCAGUAGUGACACCAAAGAGGUCAACGCCUUCACCAGUCAGUUUGACAUCCCUCUGGUAUCCUACAUGUCGACAGCUCAGGAACUGACCAAUGGAAACAUGUAUCCUGCCUUCAUGCGGACAGUUUCCCCUGAUGGACCCCUGAUGGACGCUGUCAUUAAAGUGAUGGGAGAGUUGAACUGGAAAUAUGUUGUGGUUGUUUACACUGAGAAUACUUAUGGCCGAGGUUCUCUGGAAGAAAUUCGCCCGCGCCUGGCCGAGGCUGGAAUCUGUCUCACUCUAGCUGUACCUGCUGAUCCGUCUGAUACAACACCCGCAGCAAUGGCAGCCAUUUUGGAUAGAGUUCUAGCGACAGAAACCGUCGGCGUGAUCUAUCUUGGAGGAUCAUCAGUUGGACUCAGUUUACUGGAGCAGGGAGAGUCACACGCAAAUGCCGGAAAACUGCAGUGGAUUUAUACCGAUAGCUUACCACUGUCUACAAAUUUUGGAGGAAAGAAAUACCCAAGGGGUGUAAUCGCUGUGUUGUCUGGUUCGAGAAAAAUCAUCGAAUUUGAGGAUCAUUGGGUGAGAAUUGAUGUCAGUAACCCAUCAUCGGAGAAUCCCUGGUUCCAAGACUGGUACAUGAAUGAAAACAAUUGUCAGUUACCUGGCAACACCAACCCUGCUUUCAGUUCCCUCCCACAAUGCACCCCUUUAACGGAGUCGGACCGGCGUAAUUCUUUCGUACAGGACCAGUUUGUGGAGCCAGCCGUCCACGCAGUUUACGCAUAUGCACAUGCUCUCAAAACUGCUCAUGCUGCCCUCUGUGGAGGAAGUGCUGGACUAUGUCCACAGCUGGCGAGCCUUUCUCAGGAGGAUUUCUACGACAAUUAUUUGAGAUCUGUCAACUUCACCUACACUAAGAAGGAGCGUGUGGAAAGUUUAGCCUCCGUUGGACUCGAGCCAUACAACGCCCCAGCCCAGCUGGCUUUUGAUGCAAAUGGUGACAUCAUCAAGCCUACAUACGACAUCUAUAACUUCAAUGAUUAUCCAGGGGGUGCCAUCUUUAAGUUCAGAAAGUUGGGAUCAUAUUUGAAUGGACGUCUAGAGAUUGUGACAAGUCGAAUGCGGAUGUAUGACGAGGCACGCGACAAUGCAUUGGCCAGCCUGCCUGCCUCUCUCUGCCCAGGCUCUGGGUGUGGCCCCUGUCUUGGACUUCUGGUUGAUGCCGACUACUUGUACAUUCCUGGAGAUAUCGUCAUCAACGGAAUUUUUUCUGUUCACGAGGAAGGAAAGAAUGCAUUAUCCUGUGGCAACUUUAAUAACGACAUUCAAUCUGGAGUCCAGUUUCUGGAAGGAAUGGUGUACGCUCUCUCCAACAUCAACAACCAGCCAGCACAGGCUUUGCUGCAAGGUGUAAGUCUAGGUGCGUUGGGAUUUGACGACUGUAUGGACAAGAUUCUCGGGAGCCAUUUCGUGACACAAGUUCAAACAGAAACACGUAUGAUAACGGACACAAAUGGAAACACGCUGGACCCUCGCUCUGUAGAGGCUUACAUGGGAGCAGACGGCACCGACCUGACAAUGCCACUGGCAAAACUGAUGAAUAUUAUCAAACGUCCUUUGUUGGGGUACAAUGCUAUGAGUGCUGAGCUACAUGACAACGACUAUUACUUGUACAUGUCCUAUAGUAACCGACUAUAUAUGAAGGCCUUUGUCCUGCUCCUGAAACGUCUCGGCUGGCAAUACGUGCAGACAGUCCGUGCCAAGACCAUGGAAGCUAAGAAUGCUAUAGAGGAGUUCCGAAUGAUCGCAGCGGAACAUGGGAUAUGUGUUGUUUCUGCAUACGAGUUUGGAACGGACGGUGACGUUGAAGACAUUUUAAUGAUGUUAGAAGGCCAAUCUUCUGUAAAUCCUGUUCUGGUUGUCUCCCCUUCUGAAGAUCUUCUGGAGCUUUUACAGGAGGUCCAAAAGCAGAACAAGACCGGCAACUUUGUCUUCAUGGCACCAGUUGUUAGAUCUGAAAAUGUCUUCCAAGGGGCAGAGGCAGCAGCUGAGGGUCUGAUCAGUCUCGAUGUCCAACGACCCGACAUGUCUGCAUUCCAAGGUUAUUUGAGCCGUCUUCGUACAGACAGCUAUACCACAAAUCCAUGGUUCGGGGAGUGGUUCGAGAACAUGCAUGAGUGUUCCCUAGAUGCAAACGAUAUGAGAGACUAUACAACAGUUUGUUCAGUAUCUGAUGUGACCAGCGGCAAAAACUUCAAACUGAACGUCAACAGUUACGCCACAAUCUACGGAGUGUAUGCCAUUGCGUACGGUCUCCACUACACACUUCAGUAUUACUGCGGGAUAGGCUACAGUGGUGUAUGCGGAAACUACAUGACAGCCGCCGACAAGGGCGAGAAGCUGGUGGAAAUGAUCAAACAGAUGUCCUUCACAGUGGACGGCUUGACCAUUCAGUUUGAGGACGGUCAAGCUAACUUCCCCCUAGAGUUCUCUAACUACAGGUCCGGCUUUUCUCCUGUUGGGACAUACAACGCUAAGACAAACAGUUUCGUGAUCCAGACCAGCCAGAUUAGCCUUGCCGGUGGCGUCCUACUGAAUUCCGUGAUGCCCUACUGUAAGACUGUUUGUACACAGUGCCUGUAUAUGUUCGGAACACAAGAGUACAUGUACAUAGAUGGUGAUCUCAUCAUUCCCGGAAUCUUUGACGUCCAUUAUCCGGGAAUGACAGACUUUUUGUGCGGAAGUAUUCGCUCAAAGAAUGGUUUUCUCAACACUGAGGCUUUUGCGUUUGCUCUCCAGCAAGUUAACAGCGGAUUUACAAGUGUUAAGUUGAACAAUGUAAAACUUGGAGGACUACUUUUUGAUGGGUGUAUGAAUACAAUUAGAGGUCAUGUGAUCGCCUCGUCUGUUUACUAUGGUUUAAUGCCAAGGGAAAAUGGAAUGCCGAAGUAUCCUAUUGACAGGCUGCUAGGAUGGUUGUCUUACGAUAGUGCUACCACCGUUAAUAUAGCUGAAUCACUCGGUCACUUUGGUGUCCCAGUUGUCACGCCCGGCGCCACCACACCAGUUCUGGACAAUAAGUCACGCUUUGAUAAAUUCUUCCGUACAAUACCUUCUGACGGAGUUACCACCCUUGCCAUGGCACAGGUUGCUAAGGAAAUGGGAUUUGAAUAUAUUAUCACUUUGAAUGCGCCAGAAGAGGGCAGCCGUGAUGCUGUGGACAAGUUUAGGGAAUACGCACGUGACAAUGGCAUUUGUAUUGGAGCGUCUUAUGAAUUCGUAACGGAUGGCCCCAUGGAUACUCUGAUUCAAUACAUAACAGAAUCAUCAAGUCGCGUUGUUGCGGUAUUCAGUGAUCCGGACCGAUUUGUGGAAGAUCUUCUCAUCGCUAAAAAUAACAAUCCUCAGGCUGGGAACAUUGUGUUCAUGGCCAAUCGUCCCUGGGAGAAUCCCUUCAUCACCACAACUUCCCUGUUCUACGCUACCAACUCUUUGACCUUCGGGUUCAAAUUCCCUCCUCUGCCAGAAUUCCGCAACUAUCUCUCACAGAAAUACCCAAUCACCUACACAGAUAAUCCAUGGUUCAGCGAAUUUUAUCAAAAAUACUUCCUCUGUAACUUGGAUGGUAACUGGAUGUACGGUCAGAACUGUGGGACAUCGUCUAUCGUCACCAAUGAUUUCAUUGAAGAUUAUGCAACCCUUCCCACAAUUCAUGCUGUAUACGCGAUGGCGGAGGGUGUCCACCGUACAUUGAUGGAAAAAUGUGGAUCUUCCUACAGUGGUGUCUGCUCACGUUUCCUGACUGAUACCAACACGUUUACCAGCGUGAUGUUACACAUGGACGCCCUCAACUUCACAGACAUUCUCGGUGACAUUUUCCACUUCGUAAAGCGAGAGAGUAACAUGGGUGUGACGAUUGACAGGAUCGAGGCAGGAACAAGUUUGUUGGAAGGAACGUUUGGUAAUGGUGCCGGGUUGUCUCUCCAAGACCGAAACGACCUCGCCAGUAAAUAUACGGGUACCCCAGCCACAUGUAUCGGAGACUGUGCUCAGUGUUACAUACUUGGUGACGGCUCGGAGAAAUUCACAUUCUACAGUGGAAACAUCAUGUUCGUAGGCUUGUUUGACAUCCACAAGAAAGGACAAACACCUUAUAGUUGUGGGGAAAUCAAUGACGAACACGGGUUCCAGCUUCUCGAGGCCUUCCACUUUGCUCUUGAAUAUGCCAACAACCGUUCUGGCAUAUUCCGUAACGUGUGGCCAGAGGUCACAUUUGGGGGCGUGGCUCUAGAUGUCUGUCAAAAUCCAACGCGUGCUGGGAACAUGAUCGCGAACAUCCACUCCGGGACGCUGAAACUGACGACGAAAUCACAGAGUCAGGAUAUUACCAUAAACCCGGACAACAUUGACGUGUACGUUGGGCCGUUUGACAGCGAGUCAACUAUUCGUGUUGCAGACAUUGUGAAUCCGCUCGGAAUUCCACAGAUCAGCUAUGCUGCCACCUCUCUGGAGUUAAUGGAUCCUUACAAAUAUCGCUACUUCUUACGUACGGUUCCGGCGGACGACAAACAAGCUAGGGCCAUUAUAUCCUACCUGAAGCGAUUCGACCUCAACAAUGUCCAAGUAAUUACUUCAUAUGAUAGCAUUGGUUUGCAUGGAUUGGAGGAGUUUGCCCGUCUUGCAAGACUUAAUAGAAUCUGUAUAUCACAGAACAUCACAACUGGUGUCAGUGGAUCGAUUUCCAUCGUUGAAGCUCAGACCACUCUUAACAAGCUUUUCAGCUACCGGGAUGCCACAGUCGUGAUAAUGUUUGUCGAGGAUCCGGAGACACUUCUACAGUCAAUUGAAAACAGAGAUGAUGUAAGAAAUAAUUUCACGUUCAUUGGCACAGACAAGCUUGGAUUUAACCAUGAGCAAUGGAACAAUGCCCGUAAACUGAUGAACAGUCGCCGGGCCGUCACCUUCGACAUAGAAACUGCAGAUGUACCAGAACUUGACAAAUAUCUUGAGUACAAAACACCUGAAAACUACUUCUUCAAUCCCUGGUUUGAUGAAUAUUACCAGGAAUUGUUCCAGUGUAACUUUGACAGUAGAAGCACAAAGUACUCAGAACCAUGUCCGACCCAUCUUCUGGGAAUUCCCCGCGCUGAAAAGUACAUCCAGGACCCCUACGCCUUGUACGUGAUUAAUGCGGUAUUUUCUGCCGUAUUUGGCGUAGACAAGGCACUUCGUGAGAUCUGCCCCAGUAAUACCAUUGGUGUCUGUAAUCUCUUCCGAACCAGCGGCGAGCGACGGCAGAGAAUUAUGACCGGUAUUCAAGCCACAAGUUUUGUUGAUGCCACAAAUCAGCCAUUCUACUAUGAAGAGGGUGGAGACAGUAGCCGUGGUUACCAUAUUUGGGAGCCCCUGCCCAGUGCAGAAGACAACACACAAUAUUACCUCGAAGAUGUUGGUGCCUAUAACGACACACACUAUCUGAAGAUUGAUGCCCGUUAUGACGUCAAUUGGCACUCGACCUGUGACCGACCUGGAUCUUGUACCUGCGAGUUCCCAGAAUACCAGCCAUCACGGUACAUGAAGAACGACACAGACUGGGGCCUGUACAUAGCCUAUGUGUCGGAUAUCCACGAUCGUGAUCCUUACAACCCCUAUGCUUGUGGUCAAAUAGAUACGGUGGGUGACUUUCAGAAUAUGAUGGCUUUCUUCUACGCUCUUAACCUGGUCAACAGCGAUACAAAUCUCCCUGCCACCUUAAAACUCGGAGGGAUAGCUUUUGAUACCUGUUCCUCAUCGAAUCGUAUCGGACAGGAUAUCUACAGCCUCCUGAGUGGUGAGGGUAUUUGUACGGAAAACACUGGUCAAGUUAUCCCUCCUUCAAACCUGGUGGCCUACAUCGCAAAAGGAAGUGAAAAUGCAAUUAGAGUCAGUGGAAUUCUGUCACCCCUUAAAUACACUACGCUCAGUCAGAGUGCCACGUCUGUGGCGCUUAGCAACAAAGAUUUCCACGAGUACUUCCUACGUACUGUGCCUCCAGAUAACGUCCAGGCCAUUGUCAUUGCCAAGGUCCUCCAAACGUUUGGAUGGGACUAUGUUUCAGCUGUGUACACAGACGAUGCCUAUGGUAACGCCGCCAUUAAAACACUUAUAAGCAACACAGAAAAUAGUUCUCCUCGCAUCUGUGCCUCGCAGACCAUAUCCAUGCCCCUGGACGCAACACUGGACGAUGCCAAAGCAAUAAUCGAUAGCCUGAACCAGCGUGUGGGCGCCAGGGUGGUUGUGCUGUUUGUUUCCGACGUUCAUGCACGUUUGUUACUGCAAGCCACUACAGAGCGUGGCCUAACGCACAGGUUCAUAUGGCUAGGUAGCGACACCUGGGCGAACAGUGAAUACAUCGUCAGCGGAUACGAAGAUGCUGCUGCUGGAGCUAUCACUAUCCAGAUCCGAUCGGAAGUCGUAGAGGGAUUCAAAAACUUCCUUCGCAGCUUCGAUUACUCAAAUCGCAUGAACAUGCCACGCGACUGGUUCGAAGAUCUGUACCAGACCCUUCAUCAAUGUCGCAUCCUUAACAGCGUCGUUCAGAAAGUUUAUUCCAGCAUCUGUUCAGGUGAUGAACAGAUCACAGACGCCAUGAUCCCGAACGAUCCCUACACCCUCCACACAAUCAUCUCCGUGUUCAUGGUUGCGAACGGACUAAACUCCAUUGAGGAAUGCAAGAGAACAAGUCUGAGCUUGUCAGCCUGUCUGUCUCUCCAGCAAAAUUCACGGGAUCUGAUCUACAACAAUAUUGCAGAGGCCCAGUACACCGUUCUUCCCGAUGACCUCGGCUCAAAGUCAUUCAACUUCAGAUACACAGAAGAUGGUUAUGGUGAUGUCGGCUACAACAUCCUCAACUUCAGACGAGACCUGACAUCUGGAGAAUAUGCCUAUGCUGAGAUCGGAACCUAUCGUAAUGGUCUGUCCUUGAACAGGGGACUCUACCAAGGUUUCAGCUUUAUUGAAUCCCGAACAAUUCCAUUGUCCAUGUGUCCAGUAGGAAGUAACUGUCCCUGCCUGAACAGUGAUGGUUCCCGGUCCAGCUACAAACGCCAGGGAGUGGCCGGACUCACCUUCUAUCGCCUUGACGACGGAAGCUAUGUUGAUGCCCAAACCGGAGAGGUGAUCCAGGUUGAAGAUGUUCCACAGCUUGCCGACAGAUUCGCAGAUAUUUGGGGCAUCAUAGUCGCAACAUUGGCAGCCAUCGGAAUGUUUGCCUCGCUGUGUAUGUUUGUAUAUUUACUUGUGAUGUACCCAGUACGAGGUGGAACCUCCAUUCUUGGAUUCAUGCUAUCAUUUGGGAACAUUCUGUUGUUCGCUCUCGUGUUUGCCUUCAUCGUACAUGCCACACGGGAAGUUUGCGGCCUGCGUCGAUUCUGUCUCGGAUUCUGCUACUCCAUAUGCUACAGUGCUUUGUUUGUGAAGAUUGUGGAUUCGUGGCGGUCAAGAAGCAAAGAAGAGUUGUAUGAGGUUAAAUAUAGAAAACUGGGCCGGCCUCUGGGACUGUUUUUCUGCGCCCUGUUAUUUAUUCUCGUACAAGUAAUCAUUAAUACAGAAUGGCUGAUUUUGGAGCCACCGGCCGUUACCACGGUACUCUAUAACAACAUGCUGUGGCCUCGUUGUACACCCGACGAUUUCUACGAUGAAGGCCUCGUUUUGUCUCUAGUGUAUAUAAUGUUCCUGGUAAUCCUGUGUGUUCUAUACGGCAUGUGUGCCUGGCCGAAUCCCAAAAACCACCAUGAGGCACGCUGGUUAUUAGGAAUUGUACUACUAGGGAUCCCGGUUUGGGUGGUGUUCUGCGUGCUGGCCGUCCUCGGCGAGUACAAGAUGCGAGAUGCGGCCAUAGCUAUUGGUCUACUUAUCAAUGCCUACAUCAUGCUGCUCCUGGGUCCGAUGAGGAAACUCUAUCUCCUGACGAAGUUCGAGGAGCAAGUUGAGGAGGAGGAACGCAAAUCAGCACUCGGCAGUGUCAAAGGAGAAUAUUCAUCCAUGUACGGCAGACAGUAUGAUAAUACACCACGGCUUCACGAACCGCAGGACUCGGCCCGGAACAGUGUGUUAGGUGGCGACCCCUAUGUGAUACAGCCAAAUAGCCGUUAGUGACGUCUCUAUGAACAACACGAUUGAACGUCAGGAAAUCCUGUAAUCCCAACAGACCAGCCACACUUGAUGAACUGGGAGGGAUUUGUAACACACAACUGCAGGCGAAGAAUCCCUUUACUGUGAUAAACUACAACGAUUAACAAAAGCUAUUUUUAUGGCAUUUCCUUCUAUAAAUAUGACAAACUUUUUCUUAUGAAAUAGAAGAAUUUCUUCUCUGCUCAGUUAUACUUAAGGAUAUAUGUUACUGUACGGAAUUUCACAAAAAGAGUUCUACCUCAAGGAUGUGUAGUGAAGAUAUUUUAUUUAUUUUUUUUUUUUCAUUUUUUUUUCUUGAUUUCAUCAGUUAAUUGUUUUAAAUAUUUAUUAAUUUUCCACAAAAUUAUUUCCAGUAGUCAAACUUAAUUAAAUAUUCAAAUAAUGACAACAUUACCAUAAUUUUAUCUUAAGGGAGGUAACUCUAAUACUGAGAAAAUCUGUACGGUAACAUAUAGCCUUAAAUUGAUUCUAGCGAAAUUUCAUAGUCUAGUGUUAGUAAAAAACUAUUUUGAGAAAUGAUUUUCCAUCAAAAUACAUCACAAACAAUCAUAGUACUUUAAAUAUUUUAAGUCCCAUGGAAUAAGUAAUUAUUCUAGUGCAUGGAAGAGUAAAAUAAGUGUCUGCCACCAGUAGAAAUUGCAGAUAAAAAUUCAUUGUGGUACCAUCACAUACAUUUUACAUGUAAGAUUCUGUGAGCUCAGUAUGUUAUAUGUAGGUGAAACAGAUGUGUGUAUGGAUCGAGAGAGUUGUAUGAAAUUAUAUAUAAAUUGUAUAUAAAGAAACAUGUAGACAUAAUAAGUAAAAUAUGUACAGUAUGCAUGGAAGAUGUGAAAUUACGAGAGGUUGCAAUAUAUUGUUUUGGGUUUCUAAGAAUGAGAGAAAAAGACCCAGAUUUGAGUGCUACAUAUAUAUGUACUUUACAGAGUAUGCCCAGUAUUGCCGAACUGAGUGCAGUUAGCGAGAAACUGGAAUCGUGCGACAUUCUUCAUGAAAUGUUUAUUAAUGCACUCUAGCUUUUAAUGAUUAUAAUUACAUAUUUAACAUAUGUAUCUGAAGACACAUUCGGCCGAGAAAUUCAGAGAUAUGAACAAUUAUUGGGCUACAUUAUGUGUUUAUGGAAAAAAAAAUCUAAUAUUAUGAAUGAUUUAUGUUUCAAUUAUUCACACAUAAAAAAUAUGUGCUACCAAAUUCGGUUAAAAAAAGUCCAAUUAUUAUUUUUUCUGAUCCAAGUAUUUCAUUUUUACUGUGAUUUAUUAAUUUAGAAAUAUUAUCAGUUACAUGUAUUAGUAUAAUUUUUUAAAAAUUCUUAAAAAAACAACUUUCUAUAAAUGAAUUUGUUAAGCCCUACAAGAAUAUAUGUGGUUAUUUGACAUUUCAAAUUAUUAGAUUGAAAUGAUUUAUAGUGAGUUUGAAAAUUAUUUUUUCUGAAAAAAAAUCAUAACAGUUAAUGUUUGUAUGGGAUCCUGGGGAACUGCUUCCAAAUCUGUCUCCAUGGUAACCAACACCACUAUAUACAAUAUCCCGAGUAUAUAUAAUAUUAUGUUUUUUCGGUUCAUGAAACCAACAUAUUCAUGGAUUCGGAUAUAUACUGCGAUAUAUUAUAAUAUAAAAUUUGUGAGAUUUUAAUAAAUAUUUUGUAUAUUUUCA